AUGGGUAACGGUGACGUUUACAUGUUUGUCUGGGAUGAGUCAGUUACCUCUCGGGGUCCCCAAGAAAUAGGAUCUUGCAUUUUGUAUUUCUUAAAAAAAUUUGUUUCAACAGAACAUUUAAUUAUGUACUCCGAUCAGUGUGGGGGCCAAAACCGCAAUAUUAAAUUAUCUCUUUUAUGUCAAUACAUUGUUUCUAGUCCUGAAUACAUGGUUAAAAAUAUUGAUCAUACAUUUUUGGUAAGUGGUCAUUCAUACUUGCCGUGUGAUCAAGACUUUGGUCUUGUUGAAAAACAAAAAAAGUUGUUUCCAAACAUUUUUAUUCCAGAACACUGGAAUAACGUUAUUUUGGCGGCACGUAAAAAAAAACCUUUCAAAAUCAUUUGUAUGAAUAAAAGCGAUUUUUUUUCGACAAUAAAAUUGGAAAAAAAUAUUACACACCGCAAAAUCGAUGUUGAUAAAUCUAAAGUUGAGUGGUUAAAGAUACAAUGGUUGAGAUUUUCUUUCGAAAUGCCUUACAAAAUAUUUUUCAAAUAUUCGAACAAUGAUAUUGCUCAAUUUAGUGAACUUAAUUUAGAAAAACGAAACACCACACUAAUCGCAAAUUUAGAUUUACUUUACCCUAAUGGAAACUGUAUAAAUCCGCUGAAAAAGAAAGAUUUGUUAUGUUUACUAGAUUAUGUUCCACCAAUUUACCACGAGUUUUAUAAAAGCCUUAAGACCAAUGCUCAAAAUAUUGAUAAUUAA